GGGCUUGGGAACGAGAGCGCGCGCCCGCCAAGAUUUUUUUCGGAAUCGAGGCUACUGGCGUCCCUUGCGACAAGAUUCUUACCUGCCGCCAACACACCUGACGGGAUCCGUACCCCCGUAGGAAGGCCUGGUGGAGGCUAGGCAAUCCGGCGGAACGUCACACAUCAUCAUGGGGGUCAAAGCCAGCCCAAAGAAAACGGAAUACUCCAAGCAGUACCGCGGUCCCAGGUGGGCAGACCAGCGUUUCCUGAAGCUGUGGGAGGAUAACGUGGACUAUCGCGUGCAGCGCCGCCGCGUCGAGCACAGCCACACACCCUGGGCCUGGGCACGGUGGGACAACGGCGACGACACAGACAGCAGCAGCGAGGAGGGGGGGCCGCAAACCGUGCCGAUAAAGGAGGAACAGAGUAGACCCCCCGCGGAGCAGAGUAGACCCCCUGCGGAGCGGAUAAGACCCCCAGCGGAGCCACGACGUGACCAGGAAGUGCAGACGCCUGAGCGGUGGGUGAGCGAGAGGAGACACGUCACGCCUCCAGGACAGGGACACGAUGCAGGGGACAGUCAUCCUCCACCUCACAGGCCAGCAGAGGCCAGGCCUCCUCCAGCAAGCCUCGGUAAGACCAGAGUGAUCUCCACCAAGGCGAGACCGUCUCGGCCGGUCAGCGCGCCGGUUCGGAGAAAACCGCCGCCGCCGCGCCCGUCGCUCAAUCCGCCGUUCCUGGCAUACGGAGGAGGGGACCGCGAGAGGGUCACGGGUGACAAACGGACCUUCAACGUCCGAGCCUCCGUCAGGAAUAACGAGGAGGUGUACCUGUCCGCCCUGCGUGCGCUGCGGAGACGAGAGAUGCAGGUAAAGUCGGCGCUGGAGGCGAGACACCGCGACGCGCAGAGACGAGUGGCGCUCUCCCGGAGCCGGACGGUCCCCCCGCCCAGGUCAGACACUUCGCAGUGGAGGACAGAGUACCAAAGCAACUACCAGCCCCAGUCUGCAGCCUGACACAUGUGUACUGUGCCUACAUGUAUCUAGUUCUACCCCCGGUAUGCCUGAAUGAGUUAGAGUUUAGUCUCUACCAGACUAACUACGCUGGCUAUAUAUAGGAGAAUAUUUUCCGGGGGAGUUUGGCCGCCUUGGGGUUUGACUUCGG